UGGAAAACAACAAAAAUAAGCACUGAUUCUGAACUGUACAGAAAGCUCCAUCCGGGCCUGUGGCUGUACGACUCUCAGUGCUGUGGUAACUAGGACGCGGGCUCGCUCACAGUGAUCUGAACAGGGAGGAGGGGGUGAGAAUCACGACACUAUUGCCAUCAGACAGUUUACUACUGAGCUGUGAAAACGGGCCAGGAGCCAAAAGCUGCUCUCUUCAUGAAGCAGGUGGAUCUGAAGAUCAUUAUCCUCGGAUCACUUGGAGUGGGAAAGACCUCCCUGCUACACCAGUACGUGCACAGCAAGUUCUACGAGGACUAUCGGACCACGCUAGGAGCCAGCGUCCUGUCGAAGAUCAUCACCGUGGACAACAGCGCUGUCAAGCUGCAGAUCUGGGACACGGGCGGACAGGAGCGGUUCCGCUCGGUGGUGUCUACCUUCUACAAGGGCUCGGACGGGUGUGUGCUGGCCUUCGACGUGACCGACCGCGAGUCCUUCGAAGCUCUGGAGGGCUGGAGGCAGGACAUCCUGGACAAGACCAGCUCCCGCGACCCCGGCUUCCCCUUCGUGGUGUUAGGGAACAAAAUUGACCUCAAUGACAGACAGGUGUCCAGCAGUGAUGCCUCCUCAUGGUGUGAGGACAGGAAUCUCCCCUAUCUGGAGGUCAGCGCCAGGGGCAACAUCAACGUGGACCAGGCCUUUCACACAGUAGCCAGGCAUGCACUGAUACAGUGCAAAGAGGGAGCAGUGAGCUACAUGACUGACUCCAUCAAACUGAAACCUGAAAAGGAAGGGAAGAAGAAGAAGAAGAAAUGCUGCUCUUAAAAAACCAAACAAACACAUCGUACAACUAAAACCUGAACGUAGUCCCACCAGUAAGGGGUAAUGCUUCUACAUCUUCAGUCCAUCAGAGGGCGCUACUGUUCCACAUCACUUCACUUGUAUAAGCUGUAGAAUUUAUUUUGUGCAAUAAGAAAACAAAAAAUAAUGCAAGGGCACCCCUCCUGCAACGAUCUUCAACAGCGCAUUACUGACGGACAUGUGCAGGGAAAGCGAUUCACUGUAACUAAUACUGAUGGACUACGCCUUUGAGCUAUAGAUCCAAGUUAGGAUCUUCUGGACUUUGUGAAGGUGUUCUGUGUUGCAGGAUACAGUGCUGUGUGAGUGUGUGUGUGUGUGUGUGUGUGUGUGUGUGUGUGUGUGUCUAUAGUUUGUUUUAUUAAAGGUUUUCACAGCUGUCUCCGACCAUCAUCUGUGUGAACCACAAAGGCUUAAAGCAGCUGCAAAGAGGUUAAGCUUUUGUGCCCUGCUCAGAAUUACAAACACUCCUGUGUCAAAGUUCUUCAAAUAUUAUUUUAUGCUGUGUUUUUUUUUCUUUGUAACUGUUUUUGGAGAAUCACGUCCGGAGCCGAACAAAGAUAAAAGCGGAACCUUUUAAAAACCAAACUGUGCAAACAGCCUAGCCCUAACCACAGACCCACCCGGGCACAUCCACUGUGAUAGAAACACUGUGCAACACUGCAGUUGAAGACAGGAAGCUACAGAAAAGCAGAGGGCAGUGUUGCACCACACUACUGUAUAGAUUAAGAAAUGUUUUAUACAUUUCUCUGCUAACAGAUGCAUAGAAGUUUUACCAAGUAAUCUUUUACAGUUCGGUCUAUGU